UAAAGAUACCAACAUUGUAUUGUCUUACUCAAGAUAAUACCAUUGUAUUUUCUUCGAUUAGGAAAGCAAUUGUUUUUAUAAUCUAUGCAACAACAUAGAUGUGUGUGUGUGUGUGUGUGUGUGGUGGGGGGUACAUAGGCAGCCCUCCUUUGUUGUUCUGUAUAGUUUUUUUUCUUUUUGUUCAUGGAUGUCUGUUCCUUUCUCCUCUAUUUACAUUUGGGGGGAACACUUCCACUGUUAGGGUUAGCUUAGCAUGAGACACAGGGCCCCAAAAAUAACAUUUGCUUCUCUUUUGACAGCCAAGAUAAACAUUUCCAUUUUCAAGAUAAUUUCUGCUUAUUAUUAAGUUGAUUAUAAUAUAUAAAUACAUUUUGUAAUGGGGUAAAGAGAAAAUAGAGCAAUUAUAUUUAAAAAAUUUAAAUUUUUACGAAUGUUGCUCGCUGAGAAUGAUUUCCUACAAUUAUUUAUAUAUAUAUAUAUAUAUAUAUAACAACCUUAUUUAGAAGUAGGUGGCAGUGACAUCUCAUCAUUGGCCUUUUGUAGAAUUGUGUGCAGGUGAGGUGAAAGAUCAACUGUGAUCUUUUGUAGAAUUUUGUGGGGAAUCCAACCAGCCCUGGUGUCACUCCUCUCUUCAGGGUUUUAGUGGUUUCUACCCAGUUGUAUAGCUAGUCCUUUAUGUGUUUUUUCACCUUCAAAUCAGAGUAAUUUUGAUAUGUGAUGAAACUGUGCUGGCUAUUGCGACCUAUGAAUGUACCACUUGAUGAAUGAGUGAUGGGCACUGUUUGACACGGUAAUUAUUUAAUGUCCAGAUGUUCCCAUUUAAUUAAUAAAAGAAGGCAGUGACAAAUGAAACAUUGCUGGUUGACAGUAUGAUGAUUUUUGUUUGUGUAAUCCAGUUUGUGAGUAGCUGUGAAAAACAUGAAUCUCUGUAUUCACCAAUGCAUGGCUAUGGGUUUACCUGUGACCUUAUACAUCAGACCAAUUAUCCAAGUGAGACUGUGCUCUAGUGGUGAAAGUGGCAGCCAGUGCAGAGCUAACUACAAAACACAAGGCAAAUGGUUCUUAUAUACUGGCCCCUAAUUGUAACUGUAUGCUGGAAAUUAUACCCCCACACACUCACAAAAAGUGUAAAUCAUGCCUAUUUUGUUUUGUUAGGUCAGGGUGACUAGUAUUUAGCCGAACCUGUGAGGUUGUGAACUGUUCUGUCAGUAAUAGUUUAGGCAGCUUGCAGUAGACAGACAUUUAUCGCAGGCUUGUCCAGCUUUUGUUUUCAACCACAGAGAUUAUACAAUUCCUAUUUUGUCUAAGGUUUGUGUUACUAUUUUGAUUCCCUACACUAAAUGUGAGGGAAUACAGUUGUCAGUGUUAAAAAUGUUUUUUAAAUCCGUUAACUUAGUGUUACUUUCAUCCCACUGGCUUGUAACAUACUCCACAAGGGUAGCUUAUUUCCCCGCAUCUAUUCCGAGCCGUCAUUUUGAGGUUUCACAUUACUUUAUAGUUAUAGAAUAAUACUUCUGUAUACGUUCUGUCAAAAAUUGUUCCACGUCUAAAUCUACCCUAUCCGUGGCCUAUUGGUGUUUCCAUAGACUAAGCCUAAAUAUGAUCUGAUAUUUCUGUAUAACACGGAACACUGAAAUGGUAUGCUUAGUUUUAAACAUACCAUUUCAAAUUUCAAAUACAAAUACAUGUUUUAUUUUUUAUGAUUUUGUUUUAAUGACUAAGCCUAGCCUAUCGUCAUCGAUCUCGGUCGAGCAUCUGUAGAAUGCAGAUGUUGCGCUUUUUUUAAACUACGUUUCCGUAUUUUUUUCCCGUCAUUAUUUCCGUUUUCACAAGAAGCAAUACGCUUUUUCAGGGCUUUCCAUUUUCCGCUCUCAACUCAUCCAUUCUUUGUCAGUCUGCUGAAUGUGUAACCGUUAUUGAGGUAAAACUUUAAUCUUUGCAAUGGGGGACAUCGAGGCUCCCGAUACGACUGGACCGGGGCGACGUGUCUUUCAAGCUAUUCUCCCAAGCGCAAAAGAAUUCGCCUCUUCACGGAAAGGACGACUACUUAUUGCAGAAGUGGCCCUGUCCCUCAUUACUUUCAUCUGUUUUGUGGCGUCCACGGCAGCAGCCUUUGUCACAGCGCCCCUAAUUGAGUUCCUGGCUGCCCUUUUCCUCCUCUUUGCCUAUUGCACUAAAUUCAAUGAGCGAUUUAAGGGAUUCCACUUUCCUCUGAUGGAUUUUCUGCGCUGUGUCAGUGCAGCCAUUAUCUUUUUCAUUAUCUCCAUAAUAUCAGUUUCCAAGUACACAGACGGGGCCUCUAAAGCAGCAGGGGUGUUUGGGUUCAUUGCCACCAUUGUUUUUGCCCUAGAUUUUUAUGUAAUCUUUAAUGACCUGGCUAGUUUCCUCAAACAAGCAGGAGACUCGGGUGAUGACCCACCACAAACCUCAGAAUAUAACGACUCUGACUCUGAUUCAGACUGAAAAGGUUUUACACAAGGGACCCUGUGUGUGUGUCCAGUUCAGACCACCAUGCCUGGCAGGAUGACAACCACAUCACCACAGAUUCAUUUCAAACUUUUGUGAAAACAGGUUUCCAAUCUUAUUGUGUAUUGAGCUUGGAAUGUUGGCACCUACAAUGAUAAUUUACAGUUUCAGUAUUAUUUUCCAAAUGCUCAAAAAUGUGCCACACUUGGUGCCCGUCUUUUCUGACAAGCUAAUCAAAAAGUUUUGAAAACAUUUCAGAAACUGUGAAUGACCUGUGGUAUUUUAGUAUUGGAUAUUUACAUUUGCCCAGCUUUCAGUAAUGCCAAGGGACUCUUGGGGAUAAAAAUCACAUCAGAUGACACUACAUUUAAAUGGGAGAAUCUAGAGAUAUUCCCUAAUUGUGUUUAUGAGGUGAAUAUCAUUGAAAAGAUUGGCAGCUGGUUGGCUGGUUACACCUUCUGUCAAAUCCUCAUACUUGUUUGGCUUGAUUUUAUAUUUUCUAGUGGCCUUUACAGAUGUUUAUAUGAUGUGAUAUCCUAGCAUUAUCACUUUAUCACAGAUACAUGUUUACCAAGCUAAAACUGAUAGCGCAGACAUAAAUGGCCAAUUCCUAUUUGAAUUGGAUUUCUUAGUGGCAAGUUUUCUUCUGAUCUCCUAAUCAAAAUGCCACUUUGGAUCAUAGAGAGUCGGUAGGAUAAUUUUGUGAUUGUGUUUGAAAUGUACACUGCAAAUGUGGUAUGACUAUUUCUUAAAUUAACAUGGUAACAAAAGUUUUUUCUAUUUAGAAUGCCAUGUUUUCUUACCAUGUUUGUAAAUCAAAGAUUUGUCAAUUUGCAGGCCAUGUAAAAAAUAAAACCGUUGGUAACAGUUGUGCUCAAAAGUUUGCAUACCCUUGGAGAAUUGGUAAAAUAU